AUGAAUCACUUGGGGAAGUAUUGUCCAAUAAGAAGAACUAAAAGCUGCUAUGAAGACAGAAAUGAUUGGCCACUUGUAAAGCUGCAUGGAGGUUUAAUCAGCUUAACACGCUGCUCUGCUUCGGAGCGACCCGGCCCUAGGCCCCGCUCUCCCCGCCGGCCCGAGCGCGCGGGUGGGCGCCCGGCCCGGGAAGAGUUAACCCGCGCGGAGCGGAGGAUCGCGGAUCUGCACGCGGCCGCCUGCGCGGCUGGCCAGCUCACUUACGUGGACCCAGCUACUGGUUAUGUGGUACUCACUCAGCUGGCCCACUUACAGAGAGGCAAAUGCUGUGGUUCUGCCUGCAGACAUUGUCCAUAUGGUCAAGUCAAUGUUAAAGAUUCAUCUAAACGGAAGCAUUUUAAUUCAUAUUUCUAUGUGUGACAGUAAUUUCACCUUUGUUCUCCAUCUACU